AUGACCGUCCGAGACGCGGCCACCACGACCGAAAAGUCCGGCUCCGGCCCGGGCCUUCGCUCAACCACGCCUUCCGAAACGACCCUCACCCCGGCCACCGACCCGGAACCCCAAGCAACAGCCGCGGCCGGCGCCCAGCCCGUAACGACAUCCACCCCGGGCCCGGUCCCCGACGGCGGCCUCGAGGCCUGGAUCCAGGUCCUCGGCUCCUGGGUCAUCCUCGCCGACACCUGGGGCCUCGUCAACGCCUUUGGCGUCUAUCAGACCUACUACGAACGAACCCUCCCCGGCGUCACCCCGUCCGCCAUUUCCUGGAUCGGCUCCAUCCAGGGCGCCCUCCUCAUGAUGGUCGGCCCCAUCUCGGGUCCCCUCUACGACGCCGGCUACUUCCGCGAGCUCCUCUGGGCCGGCAUCUUCCUCAUCCUCCUCGGCAUGUUCAUGACCUCCCUCUGCACGACCUACUGGCAGGUCCUCCUCGCCCAGGGGGUCUGCGUCGGCCUGGGCUGCGGCCUGACCUUCCUCCCUUCCACCGCCAUCCUCAGCCAGUACUUCCACCGCCGCCGCGCCCUCGUCAUCGGCAUCGCCGCCACGGGGUCCCCGCUCGCGGGCAUGUGCUUCCCCAUCCUCUUUGGCCACCUCGAGCCCCGCAUCGGCUUCGGCUGGACCACCCGCAUCAUAGCCUUCAUCCUCCUCGGCCUCUCCGUCAUCCCCGCCGUCUCCAUGCACACCCGCCUCCCGCCCUCGGGCCACAAGCGCUCCCUCGUCGACCGCACCGCCCUGCGCGAACCGGCCUUCAUGCUCGUCAUGGCCGGCUCCUUUGUCGGCUUCCUGGCCAUGUACGUGCCCUACUUUUACAUCCAGCUCUUCGCCGUCAACCACGACAUUGGCCCGGCAAACUUCUCGUCCUACUUUGUCACCCUGCUCAGCGCGGGGAGCGUCCCGGGGCGCGUGAUUCCGAAUUACCUGGCGGACAAGGUCGGCGCGCUGUACAUGCAAAUCUCCGUCGCUGCGGGCUCGGCCGUGCUCAUGUUUGCGUGGCUGGGCAUCCGCAACAUGGCCGGCCUCGUCGUCUUUGCGAUACUGUACGGCCUCUUCUCCGGCGGUAUGGUGAGCAUCUCGCCGACCGUUAUUGUCAGCUUGUCGCCCGACCUGGGCCGCGUGGGCACGCGCCUGGGCAUGGUCAACUUUAUCGCGGGCAUCGCCAUACUCAUCGGCACGCCUAUUGCCGGGGCCAUCUUGGGCGACUACAGCGGUGUGGCGUGGCAGGCCAUGAUUGGGUACGGCGCGGCGGCGUUGACGGUUGGAUCAAUGUUGCUUACGUCGGCAAAGAUCUUUCAAUUGAAGACGGCGCGGGAUGUGAAGGCCUAA